UGGGGUCGCGGGUAGCGUCCGGUGCACAAGACGGGUCAGUUGUCCGCCAUCGCGCCGAGCCCAAGGCUGAAACGAGGUUGACGUAGUGUUGUGCAGACUGAGCUUCCAGCCAUCACGCUGUGAGCUGCGCCAGCAUCUUCUUUUGACGUUCGGGGAGGAGCAGAGGAAGAGAAAUCCCUGGAGUGGGAAGAGGCCUGGACUCUGACUGACAUUUUGUCCUCUACUUUCUCAAAACUGCAGUUCAGUGAACUCAUCCUUGACAAUUCACAUCCUGCCACUGGCUAGGGGCAGUCACAUUUCCUGCUGCAAUUUGGAAAGAUGCUGCCUCUGGAGAAAAUAUCUGCUCCCCGGAGUAUCCCCACUCCCCUGGAACUGUGCACACUGGGUUUGGCCGAUGAGGACCCGCAGGCGGAUUCUGAGACUGUCCCGGGGAGGACUGCUGCAGAUGUCGAGUUUUCUCGUCUGCACUUCAGAAACUUUACCUACCCAGAGGCAGCUGGGCCCUUCCAGGCCCUGGAUCAGCUUUGGGUGCUGUGCUGCCACUGGCUGCAGCCAGACACAUACUCCAAGGAACAGCUGCUGGAGCAGCUGGUGCUAGAGCAGUUCCUGAGUGUUCUGCCCAACCACAUCCGGCCAUGGGUGGUGGCGCAGCAUCCUGAGAGCUGCAGGAAGGCAGCCUCCCUGGUGGAUGACUUCAUCAAGUCCCUGGAAGAGCCAGCCCGUCCCACACCAGGCAUCGCCGAGCUUCCAGAGCAGGGACACGUCGGGGAACAGAUGAGAGAGGCGAGGCCCACAGCUGCUGAGCCAAAGUUGCAGAAGCUAAAGUUUGCAGAGGUGCCUCUGUGCGAGGAGGAGUGGGGCCAUCUGGACCCGGCGGUGGAGAACCUAAAGACCUACAGGAAGCUGCUCCUAUGGGGGUAUCAGCUUGCACAGCCUGAUGUUGCCUGUAGGCAGGAGACAGAGGAACUUCGGCUGGUUGAAAGGGAACCCGGAGAGGGUGGCUGCUCAGGUGUUAGGUGGUGCCAGGAAGACAAAGAUGGCUCCUUGCGUGAGACGAUCAUGGAGAGUCUCACACACGAAAUUCUCAGUUACCCCUUUAUGGGUACUGCUCUGAAAAAGGAUGAGCCACUUCAGAAAGUUCUGGAUCCCCAGGAACAGGAAGCAAGGUCUGUCACCAUAGUCCAAAGGCAGUCGGUCAUCCAGCAGCCGGGCCAGGGCAGGGGCAGCACUUCGCAGAGUCUUCCUUUGCCUGUGGUAUCAGACACCCAACUCCCAGGUCUUGGAAGAAAGCGGCCCUACCCCAAGGAUGCGGCUGGGCCAACUCCCGAGUGUGGCUCUGCUGUGAGUGACUACAAGCAGCGCCGUGGGGAGCAGGAAGCAGCCACGGAGACAGAACCAUUCUCAGAGAAGCCUUACGUCUGCGUCGAGUGUGGGGUGGCCUUUGCGUGGAUCUCCCAUUUCACCGAUCAUCUCAUGAGCCAUAGUGGUAGGAAGAUCUAUGCCUGCCAGGAGUGCUGGAAAACCUUCCACUUCAGCCUGGCCCUGGCUGAACACCAGAAGAUUCAUGAAAAGGAGAAGGGGUACGUGCUGGGGAGGGCCCGGGGCUGUUUUCCUGCCACGUUCGGAGCCCUUGCCAGUAGAAGGGUCAGCCAUAAUGUGUGAAAGGGAGCGUUUCCCCCGUGCCAUCCUAGACACAGAGAUGAACCACUUUGCCUCUUGAGCAGGACAGCAUGUCUGGCUGGGAUUCCCGGAGACCUCUCAGAGUCCUCGUACUAGGGUGACUCCCUUUAGUGUCCAUGUGGAUGUUAGUGACCUUAUUUCUGUAGGCACUAGUGUGACUCACAGUGCCCAGAAAAAGCUUUUGUGGCUUUCCUCUUGUGAAUGCACCCCCAUGGGUGCACACGUGGCCUCAGGUGUGAUCAGCGACACCCAGACACUGGAAUAUUCGUGGUCUUGUCAGGUGGACUAUGUGUCCUGCAGCUUUCUUUUUAUCCACUGUUUGCACUCCCCGGGCUAGUCUAGUGAACAUCCUACCGCUUUUUGGCCUUUUCAAAAGUAUGUGAUGCCACUUUGGAAUUCUCAAUAGCAAACUGCUUCCUAGUUUAACUCACAUGUCUUAAUGUAUAUGGAGUAGCUUAAAAUGAUCACAAAAAAUGCCUGGAGCCCAGUAAAUCAAUGCUUUCAAACUAUGUAUCACAGCCCAUUAAUGAACUAUGAAAUCAAAUCAUUGGGUGACACCGGCAUUACAGGUAAUGAAGUAGAAUAAAAUGACUCAAAAUAUGGUAAAAUAGAUGCUAUUUUAUGAAACCUUUCAGCCACAUAAGUGGUUGUAAUGUAAAUUGUCUUAAUGGAGUAGAAGAUGGUUAUUGUAAUUAAAAUGGGUUGAAAACACGA